UGCGGCGCUUCCUGCGAGCGGGGCCGUGCCGUGCCGGGCAGGGCCGCGGCGCUGUGGGGCUCCGCGGGUCGCCAUGCAGCCCUUCACCGUGAACAUCAAGCUGGCGGCAAGGACCCUGACGGGAGCCCUCAGCGCGCCGAACAGGGGGGCGGCGGACUGGGGCUGGCAAGGUUUGAUUGCAUACGGAUGCCAUUCCCUUGUGCUGGUAGUUGAUGCCAAUACUGCCCAGACUUUACAGGUUUUGGAAAGACACAAAGCAAAUGUUGUCAAGGUUAAAUGGGCUAAAGAAAAUUACCAUCACAAUAUUGGCUCUCCAUAUUCUUUACGUUUAGCUUCUGCUGAUGCUACUGGAAAAAUAAUUGUAUGGGAUGUGGCAACAGGAACAGCUCGUUGUGAAAUACAAGAACAUGCAAAACCAAUUCAAGACAUGCAGUGGUUGUGGAAUCAAGAUGCUUCUAGAGAUUUACUGCUUGCAGUUCAUCCACCUAACUAUAUUGUACUGUGGAAUGCAGACACAGGCACCAAACUUUGGAAGAAAAGUUAUGCAGAAAAUAUCCUGUCUUUUUCAUUUGACCCCUUUGAUCCAUCACACCUAGCUUUGCUCACAAGUGAAGGAAUAGUGUUCAUCUCCGACUUCUCUCCUUCGAAAGCUCCUGCCAGCUCAGGGAAGAAGGUUUACAUUUCUAGUCCCCAUUCCAGUCCUUCUCACAAGUUGGCUGCUACUACAGGGGCCAAAAAGGCCCUUGAUAAAGUGAAAAUUUUAAUCAGUAAUGAAAAACCAAGUGCUGAAUCUGUAACACUUAAUGACUGCCUUCAGUUGUCAUACUUGCCUUCCAAAAGAAACUACAUGCUAUUACUGUAUCCCAGAGAAAUUCUGAUUCUUGACUUGGAAGUGAAUCAGACGGUGGGUGUGAUUGCCAUUGAAAGAACAGGUGUGCCUUUCCUACAGGUAAUUCCGUGUUUUCAGCGUGAUGGGCUAUUUUGCCUACAUGAAAAUGGUUGUAUAACUUUAAGAGUUCGCAGACCUAACUGCAGUAUAACUGGAACUCCUAAUGAAGAGCCAGAUCCGGACCCAGUUCAGGAACUGACUUAUGAUUUAAGAAGUCAGUGUGAUGCAAUUAGGGUAACAAAAACAGUUCGGCCGUUCAGUAUGGUGUGUUGCCCUGUGAAUGAGAAUUCGGCAGCUCUCAUUGUCAGUGAUGGCAGGGUAAUGAUCUGGGAAUUAAAAUCCAGUAUUUCUGGCAGAAAUCUGCGUAACAGCAGUUCAAGUGCAUCACCUUUGUAUUCUCCAGUCUCGUUCUGUGGAAUUCCUGUAGGAGCAUUCCAAAAUAAACUUCCUGACCUCUCACUAGACAACAUGAUAGGGCAAGGGACAGUUGCUGGAGAAGAACAGUUAAAAAGUUCUUUUCUGCAAGAAGUGCACCUCAAAUUUUUGCUGACUGGACUUCUUUCAGGACUUCCUUUGCCUCCAUUUGCUAUCCGUAUGUGCCCACCUCUUACAACAAAAAACAUUAAACAGUAUGAGCCACUCCUUGCUGUUGGUACAAGUAAUGGCUCUGUCCUGGUGUUUCAUCUCACAAGUGGUCUCUUACACAAAGAGUUAAGCAUCCAUUCCUGUGAAGUCAAGGGAAUAGAGUGGAUAAGCUUGUCUGGUUUUAUUUCCUUUGCCACAUCAACACCUAACAAUUUGGGGUUAGUAAGGAACGAGCUGCAGCUGGUGGACCUACCAACAGGCAGGAGCAUUGCAUUUCGUGGGGAGAGAGGCAGUGAUGAGCCAGCUAUUGAAAUGAUAAAGGUGUCUCAUUUGAAGCAGUAUCUAGCUGUGAUAUUUAAAGACAAACCACUGGAAAUCUGGGAUGUCAGAACAUGCACUCUACUCAGGGAAAUGUCUAAAAACUUCCCUACAGUGACUGCUUUGGAGUGGUCACCUUCUCAUAACCUGAAAAGCCUGAGGAAGAAGCAGCUAGCAGCCCGCGAGGCCAUGGCCCGGCAGACAGUUGCAUCAGAUACUGAAGUUAGCAGCGUCGAAUCAUCUGUUAUCAGCUUGUUACAGGAAGCUGAAAGUAAAUCAGAACUGAGCCAGAACAUUUCUGCCAGGGAGCACUUUGUGUUUACGGACGCUGAUGGGCAGGUUUACCAUCUCACAGUAGAAGGAAACUCGGUAAAAGAUAGUGCAAGAAUUCCUCCUGAUGGAAGUAUGGGUAGCAUUACAUGUAUUGCCUGGAAAGGGGAUACCUUGGUUCUUGGAGAUGUUGAUGGAAACUUAAACUUCUGGGAUUUGAAAGCUAGAGUAUCCAGGGGGAUUCCUACACACCGAAGCUGGGUGAAAAAGAUACGUUUUGCCCCAGGGAAAGGAAAUCAAAAACUUAUUGCAAUGUACAAUGAUGGAGCAGAAGUUUGGGAUUCAAAAGAGGUACAAAUGGUGAGCAGUUUAAGAAGUGGAAGAAAUGUCAAUUACCGGAUCCUGGAUGUAGACUGGUGCACUUCAGACAAAGUGAUUUUGGCCUCAGAUGAUGGGUGCAUUAGAGUUCUAGAGAUGUCCAUGAAACCAUCAUGUUUCAGAAUGGAUGAACAAGACUUAAUAGAACCUGCAUGGUGUCCCUAUCUGCUUGUUCCAAGGGCUUCAUUAGCUUUGAAAGCAUUCUUGUUGCAUCAGCCGUGGAAUGAGAAAUAUUCUCUAGAUGUUAUGAACAUAGAUUACCCAGAGAAUGAAAAUGUCAAAAAUCUCAUUCAAGAGCAGCUGAAUUCAUUGUCAAAUGACAUAAAGAAACUGUUGCUUGAUCCAGAUUUUACUCUGUUGCAAAGAUGUCUCCUAGUUGCCAGACUGUAUGGAGAUGAAUCUGAACUGCAUUUCUGGACCAUUGCUGCCCACUAUUUGCACAGCUUAUCCCAGGAAAAACCUGCAAAACCAACAAAUGCACCUAUCCUUCAAGAACAGUUGGUUAAUCCAUUGGAUAUAUGUUAUGACAUUCUAUGUGAAAAUCAUUACUUCCAGAAAUUCCAACUUGAAAGGGUAAAUCUGCAGGAGGUGAAGAGAUCAACAUAUGAUCAUACCAGGAAGUGUGCUGACCAACUUCUUCUCUUGGGCCAGACUGACAGAGCAGUACAACUACUGUUAGAAACAAGUUCAGAGAAUGCCCAUUACUACUGUGAUUCACUCAAAGCUUGCUUGGUAACCACUGUCACCUCAUCAGGUCCAUCUCAAAGCACCAUUAAAUUGGUAGCAACCAACAUGAUAGCUAAUGGAAAGCUCUCAGAGGGUGUACAGUUACUGUGUCUGAUAGAUAAGGCUGCUGAUGCUUGUCGCUACUUGCAAACGUACGGCGAAUGGAAUCGUGCAGCAUGGCUUGCAAAGGUUCGUUUGAAUUCAGAGGAGUGUGCUGAUGUGUUAAAGCGUUGGGUAGAUCACCUUUGCUCUCCACAAGUCAACCAGAAGUCCAAAGCCAUUCUUGUCCUCUUGUCACUUGGAUGCUUUACAAAAGUUGCAGAGAUGUUGCACAGUAUGAGGUACUUUGAUAGAGCGGCUUUAUUUGUUGAAGCUUGUCUGAAGUACGGGGCAUUCGAAGUUAAUAAUGAUACAAAUAAACUGAUUCAUGCUGUAUAUGCAGAUUAUGCCAGGAGCUUGAAGCUUCUGGGCUUUAAGCAAGGAGCCCUUAUCUUUUCCUCAAAAGCUGGAGAAGCUGGUAAAGAUUUACUGAUGGAGCUCAAACAGCCUGAAGAGGAAGUGACACAAGAGUAACAAUUUUACCUUCCCUGUUAAGAGGAAACUUCCUAUCAAACUGGGUUGUCUAUCAGAUUGAUACUCCACUGUGUGAAAAUGGAUUUUCUCUGGAAUCGCUGUAAUAGUUCACGUGUGUGAUUUGAGCAAAUGUUGUUAAAUUUGUGUGGAGGCAAGAUUAAGAACUGUUUUAUGUUUAUUUUUAAAUUGUCUUCAUUUUCAAGAGAGGGGAAAAGAAGGCGAUGAUGAAACUAUACAAGAAUAUAUUCAACUUUUUCAACUAUAGUACAAAUCAAACUUAAAAAUAUACUGAAAGAGUUCUAUACCUGUGUAAAAGUCUACUCCAUUUACUUCUAAAAAAUCAAAUCUUUAUAGUUCUUCACUACUGUUGUAAUUAUAUGUAUAAAUAAUUCAGUCUGUACUGUAAAAAUAUAAAUAUAUUUAAAGAAUAAAUAUAGAUCACAAAACACUGUUCUUUACUGGAAAGUCAUGGAUUCUCAAAUCCAUUUUUUCUCUUUAAAAUUUCUGUUGUUUUAAAUGAGUUCAUUCUAUUGUCAUUUUCAUAACUGGUUGGAAUGGAAUCUUUUAACAAGUUUAUUUACAAAAGGCUCCUCACAUUCCAGAAAUUCAUGAAAUGUCCUUUUCUCUUUUUUUUUUCCCCAAUUAAGUCAUUGUUAUAUUCUCUGUUGUUCUUAAGUGUAUGCUCCCUGCACACUUUAGGGAUUAAGUUCUGCCUUGUCUUGACUGGUUAAUGGGAUCAAAGAAUAGGAAAAUAAUCCUACCUCAAAAGCAGUAAGAUGGGCUCCUGCAUUCAGGAGGUUGCUGAUGCUCUCUCCGCAGUUACUGUUUUAUUUGCUGUUUGAAUGUGUCAUGAAUUAACAGGCAGAAAAAGUAUUGGAUGAAGUCAGAAUCGUUGGAUUUUAAAUUACUUUUUAUGGUAAACACAUCUCAUGGUCCAGAUACUUAAGGAUGCCACCGACAGCAUCUUUCCUCAUUUUUGUGCCAGUAUUUCAGCAGAAAGAAAACAUCUUCCCACAGUAUUGUAAUGUUUAAAUGCUUUUUUUUUCUUUGUUGUUGUUCUUUGUUAGAUGUAUCUUUUCUAUUUACUGAGAUUCCACAACUGAAGAGUAGUGUAUGCUAAAGUUAAAUUGCACUUGCAAGUUGAAGAUUGUGGCAUGUGAAAAUUAGUCUUGGCUAAAAAAGCUUUAGUCUUUAAAUGAAGUUGUUGGAGCUACUGAAGUUUAGUGAAAAGAAUCAUAGCCUGCAAAAGGUUUCCCCUUUAAAUGUAAUUCUAAGGUUUUCCUACUUAUAGUAGUAGCAUAUUUGAUUCCCCUUAUGUUCAAAUAUUUGUAAAAUGCAUAUUCUACACUCCUUCCUAGAGGUGCACCAGCUUCAUUACAUCUCUUUACUUCUGUAAACCUUUUAAAUCAAAUCUAAAAUGGGAUUUCUGAUGAAAUUUGAAAGGUUAGGAAUUUCAAGAAUGACUGUUUUUAUACAAAUGUGAGUUUCAUUGCUCUAAACACAAAAGGAAAUGUUUAAACCGUAAUAUAUCUUACAUGGGUCCUGCCACAUCUUACAUACAUUAUAAAGGAUGUUCAGUGUCUUAUUACCAACAGUUUGAGAAAAUAAGUGUACAAUGAAGUUUGCCUUAAGUAUUAACCUUGUUAGCAACAAAGUUAAUCCAAAUUAACUGUCAUUAUUAUGGGCUAAAUACUGGCUCACAUUGAAAACUGAAACACUCCUCAAUUCUUAAUCUUGUUUUCAGAAGCAGUACUGAGGGACAAGGUCAUCGGAGAGUUAAUGUAAGCACACUCAAACUUGUUCUUUGACAAAUCACAUAGGAUCGCUUGUCAGUGGAAGUCUGGAAAAAAAAUCUGCUUUAAUAUACGCUCAGAGUUAUGAAUCUGAUCUAACAUUUUUAAAAGAAAAACAUUGCAAAGGCCUUUUGAUACUGAACGUUUAUAUACUUUUAAGUGUAAAGGUUGCAGAAUACGAUAUGGUAUUCCCUGUUGAAACCUUUAUGAUGACAAUACAGCGUAGAAGUGGUUGAAAAGUUUAUUUAGAUAAUAGUGUAGUCACACAGUAACAAAA